AUGUUUCUAUUGAGCCAUUUGAUAAUGAAUCUGUAAAAUGCGGAAUUCAAAUAAAUAAAUUUCUACAAAAUAAUGAUGUUAGUCCUAGAUGUCGAAUAACUAUGCUCAAAUCAAACUCAGCCUAUUGAACCAGAAUAAAUUUUUAUAAAAUAUAUAUCUGAUAGGCCUGAUCAUCUGAAUUUCUGGAAAAUGGCCAAAAAGAUUCAAAAGAAUGUUUGCAAUCAAGAAAUUUCUUCAGGAUAAUUGGCAUUCAAAUGUUCUACGUGCUUUGGUGACACUUCACAUUUAUUCUGUUCUUAAUGCUUUAAUAUUGAAAGACAUCAAAGUAUAAAUUUAAUAUAUAUCCAAGAUCAUAAUUGUUAUUAUACUGCAGUUACAGGUAAAUGUAACUGUGGAUGUUUUGCACCUGCACAGAAUUGCGAGGUUCAUUAAACUUUGGAAGAAGAGAACUUAAACUAAUUUGAAGUGAUACCAACUGAUUUAGCAGAUAAGAUAGAGUAAUUUAUUAUGAAAACAAGUUCAGUUUAUGAUCAGGCCAUGAAACAAAUAGAAACGUAAUGGUACAAUUAUAGAAUGGCUAUCAUGUAAUUGUACCAUUUGUGUGAAAAGUUUAAAAUCAAUAAAAUCUAAUAAACUAUAGACAAAAGGAUAAAUUAUAGGGACUAUUAUAAUUUGUUAGUCAAAAGUUAAUGCCUUCAUUACACCAUAUUUAAUUUAAUUGAUUGGUUGAUCAAAGACAGAGAGGUGUUUCAAAAUCUGAUUGCCAAUGUAUUCCAAAAAUAAUUACCAAAUUGCCCCUAUUCUUUAUAUGAAGGUCUUAUCCGACAUUAAACAUUAUAAGAAGUGACAUCGCCAGAGUUACCAGUCUUUAUCGGUAUUGUAAUAGAGAGAUUGACCUCAAAUUCUAAUUUCUUUGAAUUUAUGUGCAAAGUUAAUCUGAAAGUAUUCUCAAGCUUCUUUUUACUUGCUAAAAAUGCAGAAACAAAAUCUGCUGAUGCAAUUUUAGAUUACGUUGAUUUAUUGAAUGAAUAACAGAAUAAUAUUGAUCCUUAAUAUGCAAACAAGAAUUAGAAAAAAAUAGAGGAAGUAAAUAAAAACGUUGAAACAUAUUUGCAAGAAUUACAAUAACUUAAUUUUACAUCUUUCAGUUACAUCUCGUGUGAGCUUAUUAAAUGGUUUAUGUCAUAUACUAAUGAAAUUGCAAUGAAGACUAUAGUAGACAAUUUAGAUUAAGUUCAAGUGUUUGAAUUUUUGGAAAACGUCUACUGUUUACUCCAUGUUCCAUUAGGUGAGUUAUUUAGUUAUCCUUGGGAUGGAAUUAAAUUCUUUGGACCAAAAUUUAGAAGUAUCAAAUUUGACUAGUUUAAUAUGAUUUCAUUGAAAAACGCUUUAGGACCAUAUUAUGAUAAGUUUAAAACGGAGAAUGCUGAUUUGAAUGUGAUCAGAAAUUUUGAUUAUGGAAAAUGUUUAUUAACUAAACUCAUAGAUUGCUUAGGCAAAGCCACAGUAUCCAAAGUACCACAUAAACCUUUUGAUUACAAAUUCUCUAUGAAUGAAGAUGUUGAUUUAAAAAACUAUAUUCACUUCGAGGGAGAAUUUAUUAAAGAAAUAGAAAAUGCAAUUAUUAGCUUGUUUUGUGAUUCUGAGAGUACUCCAUAACUGGAAAUGAACUUCAUUUCAGUAAUCUUAGCGUAAAUCUAUCACUUAAUUAAAAAGAAAAGAAAUUGCGGAGUAAAACUAGAGACUCUCUUGGCAUAAAGUUUCUCUCAAUUCGUAGAUUAAGAAUAAGAUUCUUCAAUAAAAUUGGCAAAAGCAAGAAAAAUGUAUUUAUAUUUCAUGAAAAAUGCUUCAAUUUUAGAUAAAUUGUUUAUUAAAAUUCUAUGUUUGCAUUUGUCUCUUAAAGAAUACUCAGAACCUCAACAGUUUCUUGACUUCCUAUAGUCGAUACUAGACGAUUCAAUAUAAGUUAUUAAAUAGAAUUUUUAAUAAAUUUUAUAAAGAUGUAUCUAGAAAUUCUUUACUGUUUGGAUAAUGGUUGAUGAUAAAGUAGAUUAAAUGUAUUAUGGUAUAAAAGAAAACAAUUAGAGAACUAAACUAGAGUCCUUAGAUACUGCUUUUGGAAAACUUUAUAUGUAUUUAUUUGGUGAAGAAGGCAUGUUAGAUAUUUAUAGGGCUAUAAACAAUAUGCUCAUCCCAGAGAUUUAGACGCAGUGCUCCAUCACCUAGUAAUAAAUUAUUAAAUUUUAGUUUUUAUCUGCUGAGGAUGAUUACUUCUGACCUUGAUAUUUAUAACUCAUCCAUAUUUUACUUUUCAAAAUAAGAACAACUCCCUACGAUUCUUCAUCAAGCACUCUAAAAAAUACUUCAAAAUAUUAUGAACCUAGAAGGAUAGACCACAUUCUAAACUCUCCAACUGAGAUUUGAAGAAUUGGGAAUCAUCUUCCCAACAAAAAAGAGUCUUCUUUCCAAUUUCUUAGAAUUAGACGAAAACACUAAAUUGCUUAAGCUGAAGAGUCAGUAUCCUCCUCUCUAUGAUCCAGUUAUUUUUGCUUCAAAUAUAGAAUUAAAACAAACAGCUAUGCAAACAUUAUAUCAAAGUGGCAUAGAAAGUAAGACUCUGCUCUUUGGAAAUGGAUUAUUUUAGGACAUAAAAUAAUACAAUUAAAAAAAUUAGUAUUUAAUCUAAAAGAACAUACUCAAUCGUUUGUCCUCAAAAUAGAAUUUAAUUGACAAUCUACAAUUUUUAUCCAAAUACCAGAACAGUGAAGCCGAAACUGUCAUUUUUAUAUAAAAUUUAAUGUUAGGAGCCUCAUAUUUUAGAAUUGAAGAACUAAAAGGCAACAAAAUACUUAUUCUUUAGCUCUUACACAAAUUACAUCAAGAUUCAGAGUCUGAAUCCAAUAAAUUAGCGUAUGCUUGUUUGAUCGAGCAAUCCACAAAAUUCUCAUUUUUACAAGACGAUCUGUCAUUAAUAAAAAUCUAAGCUAAACCAGACCAAUCUUAAAUGUAAUAAAAUGCGGUUAUAAAUACAAUCUAACAUACCAAUUUAUAAUCAUGUGAUGGUUGCAAACUCUAAUUAUAAUUUAAAUUUUAUACUCCACUUUUAUUGUUUAAGAAGAGCAAUUAUGAACAUUUGUCUAUGCCUGAAACAUUGAUCUCGUAAUUGAAUAAUCAGGAUCAUAAUUUACUUCAAAUAAGUGUAAAUGGAUGUUCACACUCUUACCAUCCAAAUUGUAUAAUCCAAAACCAACAAUUAUAAUUUUAUAACUAACUUCCUGGGUGGUAUAAAUAGGUCUGUAGAUUGUGUAAUCAUCCAUUUAAUGUGCAAAUGCCGUUGAAUAAAAUAAUCUCUUAAUUGGAAGUUCAAUUUUUUAAUAAGGCUCUUGUAGAUAGUGUCAAUGAAAGUGGAUUAUGGGAGUAUUUAGUAAAAUCAAAUUAGAACCAACAUCCAAAUAUUAUUAUUGAAAUAUAUAUGUAGAUCAUAAUUGAUAUGUUGUAAUAACUAUUUAUAGACAUCAAAAGAUUCAGAGAUCUAAAUAAAACAAUUGUAUUAAAUUAGAUUAUUUAUUUAUUGGAGCAAACUAUAAUGAUAAAUUAAUCAUCACUUUUUAAAAUUUAACCAAGAGCCUAUAAAUUUAAUGCAGGUAUAUCGAUACUUUUUGAUAUACUUAAUUCGAUCAAUAAUAACAUUAUUGUUUCUUAAAAUAAAAAACAGUUAAAAAAAGAAAUACUAUCAGUAGCUCUUAACUAAAAAUAUGUUUAAUAUAAAUAAAUCUUAUUGGAUGUAUUUGGUAUUUCCGCCUAAGAAGUCUAAGAGCUAUAGGAUCAAAGUAAGAUUUAGGUUGAGGAAUCGGAUCCUUUCGUAGAAUAUCACUUAAAAAUCUAUGAAGUAUAUAAAGAAAGGCUGAGUUCUUAUUUGGGCAAAAAUUUUGCUGAGUUUCAUAAGAAGUACUUUACUAAGGGUUGUGAACUAUGCAAAUAUCACAAUUAAUAAUUUGAUUAUAGCUAGGAUAUUCUUGGAUGUGUAAUUUGUUAAAAAGUAUUUUGUAUGAAAUAGUGCAUAAAAUCUAAAUACGGAAAUUUGAAUCAACAUGCGGUUUAAGAACACUCUGGGGGAUCCUUUUUUAUAAGUCUAAUCACCGGACAGAUUACAUUAAUCUAGCAUCCAAUAUCAUUGCAUGCGGCAUUUGAUUUAUUUUAUUACGAUAACUUAGGAUUAGAGAAAAUUAAUUCAGUGGGCUUUGAGAAGUGGUCAAAGUUCGAGAUAGAUCAACAGGUUCUCAAGAAGAUUGUUGAGAUAAUGGUUCAUAAUUAAUUCGGGAUUACGAUAAGUAAUAAAAAAGUAGAGAACAGUUAAGGUAUAGCAACAGAUGGAAGAUUAUGA